AUGAAGGUCAUGCUCCAGCACACGCUGCACAAAGACCUCAGCCAAGGUGAUUUGCAGAACUACCGCUUCUACCUCCAGCAGCAGCCCGUGCGCUUCCGAAAUUGUGCUACGACGCCCUUGGAAGGGUUGCUACCCUUCCAGAAGACCGAUGACCUUGUGGCAGACUUCCUUUGCCGGACGGGCUUUACGGAGGUCAGAGAGCGAGACGCAGAUGGAUGGUCACCCCUCUGCUAUGCUGCCAUGGGGGAGAGUCCGGAGCUCAUCGAAGCUUUGCUCUCCAGGCAUGCUGAUCCCAACACCACCGUGUCCAAGAGUAUCCGUCGCCUCUAUUUUGCGAAGAGGACGCCGGUCGUGUCCAUCUGCGCAGCUUUUGGCAACAAUGGUGCUCUUCAGAUGCUGCUCCGUGCCCGGGCUGAUCCAAAGAAGAAGGAGGGCCGUGGCAACCCACCAUUGUUUUUCUCCAGCCUCGCUGACAACUUGGAGGGAGCCCGCCUGCUGCUUGAGGCCCGGGCAGAUCCAUGCGCGGAGAGCGACCUGUCAAUCAGUGUCCUUGAGUUUGCCUGCAAUGCGGGUGCCAGCCAAGUCGCCAAGGAGAUUUUUGCCACACCGGCUGCAGCCCGAGCCCAGUACUUGCUUCACACUGCCUUGGUCAUCAACGGCGGGAAUCCCGCUCACAUAGCCAUGAUGAUCGAAGCCGGGUGUGACGUGAAUGAGCAGUUCUACCCCAAAAAGCUCGGAUACCGACUUCUGUACAUGAUUGGCACAGUGAAGCAUCGGCUGAAGGGACCUUCCACUUACAGUGCCCUCUCCUAUCACCACACAGGUGCUACACCCUUGAUGCUCAGCAUCCUCGCUGGUUAUUUCUCUGCGGCUCAGGUGCUCUUGAAAAAUGGGGCUCGUGUGGACCUCCGCAACUCUCGAAACAGGACUGCUCUUGAUUUCGCUGUGGAGAAGAGUGCGCCAGAGGCUUUGCUUGCGGAAUUGCACAGAGGUGCAGCUGCGUGA